AUGAAAGCAUCCUUCCUUUUAACCUGCGCUUUGGUUCUUCCCCUUUUCUGUAAUGGAGCCCCAGGGCAAGUUGUCUCCGACAGUAGGAUAUUCCUCAAGAACAAAGACGCCUACUGCUUAUAUGCUGAAAACCUUAUUGAAAAUAACAAAUUUGAAGUAGCUUCGGAUGACUGCGAUACGUUAGCACAUGGAAAUGAGAGACAAAUAACCUGGCUGUCAUCCACGAACGGAAGAAUUAGGACGCAAAAUGGACUAUGUCUAAAAACAUACAAAAACUUCUUAACCGUUUCGACUUGCUCCCCCGAUUUGAACGACAAGUCGGAAAUGUGGAAAAUAGAUUCAGAAAAAAGACUCAGAAAUGAAAAUAACACUUGCGCUCAACUAGCUGGAAAUAAAUUAUUUGCCUUCACCUGCAAUGACCUAUCCACAAGGGACUUUGAAAUUAAAGUCUUUUCGGAGGAUGAACUAAAUUUUAUGAAAGCAAAAUAUGCACACAAAAAAUUACAAAAUGUGAAUGAAGAGAGUUUGCAAAAUUUUCAUUCAAAAUCAAAAGUACUAAUUCAGAGUUAUACAGAAGCAGAGGGGAAAAUUAAUAAAUUCCUAAACACAGAGAAGGAAAUGAUUAAGGAAAAGGAAAAAAUAGCAAACUUAAUGAGUGAUAUUAAAUCUCUAAUAAACACAUCUUCUUCUUUGGCGAAUUAUGGAACAGGUGCCUUAAUGAAAAUAUACGACAACGUUGACAUAAGUAAAAGCAACAAUUUGUUGAGAAUUCCACUCCAAAGUUUACAAGUAAAUAAAGAAAAAUUAAACGAAUUGGGAAUUGAAAAUGGGCAAGUCAAAAUUGUCAUUCAAACUUUUCUGAACCCUCCAGAUGAGGGGAACUACACAUUUGUUGCAAAACAUGUCGUAGGUAAACUGACUGUUAAGGUAGACAGUAAGGAAAUUAUUUCAAACGCAGACAUGCGAAAUGAAACAACUCUAAGUAGCUCCCUUGUUCAUUUAUCCAGAAAUAAACUCGUGCCUAUAUACAUCGAGGUGUCAUCUGCUGGUGUUGAAACCAACCCACCUAUGCCAUCCUUCUCAUUAUUAUGGUCUUCCAAACACAUACCCGAACAAGUCAUAAGUUCUUUAUACUUGUACACCACUGUAUAUGAAAAAAUUUGCUACACUCCGUUUCAGAAAAAGAUAGACUGUGCCACGACCUUCGACAGCGUACCUAGGGAAAAUAGCGAGUCCCAUUUUUUGUGCCCCCCCGGGUGCUUCGCGGCGGAAGGGGGUUCGUACAAUAAUGCCUCCCCUAAUAGGGGCAUUUCGAAUGAAGCACUCCUCCAUUUGAAGGAAAGCUCUCCUCCUUGCUACGCGUUAACCUCCCGCAUGUGCGCAUCCGCAGUUGCGACAAAUUUAUUGACACAAGAAAUUGGUGGCAUCAUAAAGGUAACUAUAAAACAGCGAACAAACGACAAAGGCACUUCCGAACCGUGUGCGCAGAUUCUACCAACGAGCAUGGAAGACAAUACAUUUAAAGGAAUCACAGACAUUAAGGUGGUAGAUAUGGACGAUUUUUUCUUAAACUAUGAUGCGAACAGAAAUUUGUAUGAAGGGUAUACAGGAGUUGUGACAGAUGAUAAACAUUCCCUAUUGACAAGAACUGAUUUGUCCAAAAGGUACAUCUCAGACAUUGAAAUAAAUUGUGACAAAAAUUUACGAGACAAUUAUGAAUUCAGUUCUGGAUCCUUCAUCGUAAAACGGAUGCAACGUUCUGAUUUAACAAAAACGGAAGAAAGCAUAGUAGUAGAUGCAUUUGCUUUGUUUGAAAAAUACACAAGUGCAGAUAGCACUCCUAUUUAUCUACCUGGGUGGACAAGAAAAACGUGUAACAAUAUUCAGCUGUACAUAAAAUAUACACAACCGAACGGUAUGAUGAACUACCCAUCUUUAUUACUAACUUGUGAUGAUACAUUUGAACAAAUCCAUUUUACUAACGAAAGGCUGGUAGUUGCACGAUGCUUGCCUUACUGUCUCAACAGUGAAAAGCCAGUUCUAGGAUCCUACAUUUACGCACCCCAGUCAGCCAUAUGCAAAUCUGCUAUUCACUCUGGUAUCAUAACAAAUAAAGCAGGGGGGUUAAUACAAAUAAGAAAAUUGAAAAAUAUUACACAGUCGUUCACUAACACCAUGAUAAUAACUAGAAAUGGCGUUAUUGCUACCAUCGCUCAUCAUAAUAAUGAAGAUUCUUACUACUUAACAAAACCUAAUGGAUCCAUUUGUAACUUCCCAAGAACAUCCCACAACAUUAAUGUGUCCCUAAAUUCCGACUCCAGUCAAGAUGCUCUUUUCUCCUUCAUCCAGACGAAGUCAUACCUCAUGGAUAUCCCCCCCGCAGUCCUAGUUCACCAGAAACACGCCGUUUUGAAAAACCAGCUGGUUAACAUGCACAAUUUCUAUAACACAGAAAGUUACAAGAAAGCAUUACUAGGCAGUACAAAUGAACCUACGGGGAAAUUUCAGGCGGUUCAAAACGGUGACCAUAUUUCUCAUUCACCAGGCGUACAAGAGAACCCACAACUGAUGGAUUCCUUUAACACAUUCCAGCGAACCUACGAAGCGGAUAAGGGACGCCUGAACAAAUUGGCAAAAAAACAAAAAGGGAUUUUCUCAAACUUAAAUUUGAAAAAUAAACAGAUAAAUAAUUUGAAUAAGACCUUGUCCAAAUUGAGAAGCGAGCAACACACCUGCGAGACCAUCAUCAGGGAGAACCAAUCAUCCUUGGUAUCUCUCAUAAAACAAUUUGCACUAAUCACAAAUAGAAAAAAAAUGAUAAUAGAAAAGUUGGAAAAGGCACUAGCAAACGUCAAACCGAUAACUGUACAGACAUUUGAAGAACAAUACAACUCAACAAAUAUAAAUGACAACUAUGUCAUCAUUGAUGGUAGGAAUAUAAGCGGGUCAUCAAACUGGGCUGUGGAAAAAUUCACGAAUGGAAACCUCUUUGCGGCUAUCACUAAUGAUAGGCUCAUCAAAUCCGUGGAAGAGAUCUACGCUUCGUACAUCCUCCAGAGACAUACUAAGGUGUACAAAGGCUUCAUAUCCUGUGACGUUAAAAUACCAUAUGAAGGAAAUGUAGGAAUCCUCAUCAAGUACAGAGACGAUAAUAAUUACUCCAAUUUUGUAAUAAACAAAAAGGAGUUUUACUUUGUAGAAAUGACAGAUGGGAAAAGGAGUCCACCAAUUAGGAAAAGGCAAAUAAGAAAUUUACCCUUCCAGCUAGGAGCAUGGGCAACACUCUUCAUAGAAUUUGGCUAUAAAAAUGUUAGAGCCUAUAUAAACGGGAAAUAUGUCAACGGAUUUGAAACAAAAAAUGAUUCAUAUGGACAUGUAGGAAUUGGAAUGAACAACUGUAAGGAAAAAAUAUUUUUUGAUAAAAUUGUCAUAGGCUCUCUCGAUCAGGCUAAAUACUACAAAGGGGUAAGGAAGUCAAUUACCAUUCCUUCCACGAAUGAUAUGAAUGGUUUCCAUAAAGUGGAGGGAAAAAAUAAUUUAAAUGAAAAACCAAUCAGCGAAGAAGCCACAAAUACAGAUAACCAGAUUAAGUGCAAACCAUUCACAGAAAGGUGCAACCUCCCAUUAGACACUAACUGGAUUGUUCCUCCAAACACCUUCUGGAGAAUUAAAAAUAAUUUUGCUUUGAGUUCAAUUUGGGCAAAUCACGAACGGGGAGAACAGAAACAUGGUGUUUACCCAGAUGGACAAAAUCAAAUUGGAAAAAUGGAAACAGACGAGUGUUAUCUUCAUUCCGCGCAGAAACGAAAAGAAGAAGAAAAUCUCCUCAUCCCAUCAAUCAUACUUUUAAAGCGUCACAACUUAUGUAACAACAUGAAAUUAUUUUCUCUCAAAAUAUUCAUUAAUUUAAAACCUUUGACAAAAUCUGGGGUCAUUUUCAGAGUCUUAUCAUCUGAUGAUUUUUUAUCUGUCAUAUUGGACACCACACAAAUGGAAGGGAAAUUAUAUCUCCUCAAAAUUAGUAACGGAAUUCCAUACCAGCUAAAUGCACCAACACACAUGCCAAUACCCCCAGAUGUGUGGCACCAUUUAACGGUGUCCUACAAUGGGGACCGCGUGAAUGUCACGCUGAAUGACGAACUGGUGGUCAAUUCGGAACUUAAUCAGCACAGAACCGAGUUGGGGAGUGUCGGGUUGAUAACUUUAACGGGGGAGUCUAAGUUUAAGGGCAUCACCUUCCUUCCACAGUAA